AUGGACGUUGUAGUAUUUUCACAAAGGCUAAAAAGGCUCUUAGCAGGAGAUGAAGGUAUUUUGCCUGAUGAAGUUAAGGAAGUGCUUCGGAGGAUUCAAACUGAUUUUGAACUAAUGACUUCUUUUAUGAAGGAACAUCAACACAACCUUAUUGGCAAUGUCCUUCGUGCAUAUGAAUCAAAUCCACAAAUCUGGAAUAUCAAAAAGCAACUGAUCGACUAUUCUCAUAAAUCAGAUUCGGCAAUCGACAUAUUCUUGCUCAACAUCAUGCAACGCAAGAGCCAAAGCAAUUCCAGGGUGUCUUCUGAUGCUGACGAUGGCGUCAAAAUAAGUACUAGUACAAACAAAUUAAAUCUCGGGGAAGAAGAAUUCCCAACGCCACUAAUGUGCGCUGAUCAACUCGAAGAUUCUUCUCGAGUGAUGGGGAAGGAGGACGAGUCUUUUCCUGAUGUGGAUGAGAUGAUGAAGAGGGAGAGGGGUUUCCAUAAUGCAGAUCAAACUAUCAAAUCACCUGUAGAUCAAUUUUACAAUUCUUCUUCUUCCUGGUCAUUUACAGUGAACGGGAGGAAGAUGGAACCUUUUCAUGCCUUCGAAGGAGACCACGUCUAUGCAAUUAAAUUACUGAGGUGUCUCAUGCUCGAAGGUGAAGAGAUUGCAUCAAAGCUUCCUGAAGUUAACUAUUCUUCUCCUUCAUCAGAGAGAAGACUGAACGUGCAGAGGAGGGAAAGGAAGCUCAUCAACAACAAACCCCGAUUGGUGGGUCGUGAAGUAGAGACAAAGAAUUUGUUAGAUCUCUUGAUUGAGGGGGACGAUUCACUUUCCGCAAUUUCAAUUAUUAGUGAACUUGAUGGUGACGGGAAGACCGCACUCGCUGCUGAAGUUUACAACAGUAAUUACGUAAAGAACUAUUUUGAUUGCCGAGCUUGGAUUGAGGUGUCUUUUAACUACAAUAUCCACAAGAUAUUGGACGAAAUUUUGAAGUCUGUGAUGCCUUCUUCUUUAUUGAUUGAUGUUAUAGAUAAAGACUGUGAAUUGAAGAUAAAUGCUCUUCGUGAUUUCCUGGCAAACAGAAGAUUCUUCAUUGUGCUGGACGAUGUUUGGAAUUCUGAAUUUUGGAAAGAUUUCAACCAGGCCCUUCCUGAUGAUCAUAACAGAAGUAGAGUGCUAAUAACAUCCAAAAUUUUGGAAGUUGGCGAUCACUGGAACACCUAUCGCCUUCACAUUCCGCUACUAUCAGAAGAAGACAGCCAGGAGAUGUUACUUGAUAGGGUUUUUAUCAAAGAGGGCUGUAGGCUUCAGUUAGACCCUGUCAUAAAUUCAUUGACAAAAUUUUGUCUAGGGUGGCCUUUAGCCAUCUUAUGCAUGUCAGGUUUUUUGUCAGAGAUGGAUAUCCAAGAAAUUUUCUCGAGGCUGGCUUUUCACUGUGAUGCAGCUAAAAAAUUAGAAUUGCCAUUUCACUUUUGGAUUCCAUCUUUCUCUUACCUGAAUCUACCUCUGAACUUGAGACCCUGUUUUCUUUAUUUUGCUGUCUUUCCUGAUGGCUUCGAGAUACUUACAUGGCACUUGUAUCAACUUUGGAUUGCUGAAGGUUUCAUUCAUGAUAACAGUGAGGCAACAGCUGAGAAGUACUUGAAACACUUGGUAGACGCCGGCUUUGUGCAAGUAAUUAAGAGAACAUCUGGAGGUCGAAUUAAAACAUGCAACAUUCAUGGUUACUUACGGCAUUUUUUAUUUGCCGGGGUUAGGAAGGAGAAGUUUAUCCGCGUUCAUCUUAGAAAUGAAGAUAAGCCUCCUGCCAAAAGAGUUAAACGGCUCUCUAUUCAUUUUGAUGCUAGCAGAUUUGUACCUUCAAAUUACUCUGCCCCGUGUCUCUCUUCUCUGUUGUGCCUUGGCUCCACAAGCGACAAUCUGGCCCAGAUAGAUUGCAAUUACAUUUCUGAGAACUUCAAACUCCUCAGGGUCUUAGAUUUGGGAACUCUGGUUCUCCAACAAUAUCCCACUGGAAUACAAACUUUAUUUCUUCUGAGGUAUUUGAAGUUGAAUAUUCCAUUCCUCACCAGAAUUCCUUCACAGUUAUGCAACAAUCUUCUCAACCUGAACACUCUGGACAUGCCAAAUACCUCUAUAGAUAAUACAGCAGAUGAUAUUUGGAAGAUGCUCAAACUGAGGCGUCUGAAUUUUAAGCUCAUCAAAUUGCCUGCACAUCCUGGGAAAUAUUGUAACUCUCUGGAAAAUCUCAAUUUCAUAUCAAACUUACAGCCCAGUAGUUGUACUCAAGAUAUACUGAGCAGAUUGCCUAAUCUUCGAAGUCUGCGAAUAUAUGGAAACUUGAGUUCAUAUCAAUCGACGCUGUCCGAAAGCCUCUGUAAACCACUCAGUCUUGAAUCAUUGAAGCUGGUGAAUAAAAGUGAGAACUCAAUGGUCUCAUCAAUUAAGCUGAGCGAGUAUCAGUUUCCUCCACAACUGACCCAACUAAGCUUGUCAAAUGCUGAACUGAAGGAUGAUCCCAUGCCCACGCUGGAAAAACUACCACAUCUUAAAAUCCUCAAGCUGAAGCACAAUUCUUAUAUUGGUAGAAGGUUGGCUUGCACCUCUGGUGGUUUCCCAAAGCUCGAGGUUUUGCAUCUGAAAUCAAUGCUGUGGCUAGAAGAGUGGACGAUGGAAACAGCAGCCAUGCCAAACCUCGAAUGUUUAGUUAUCCAUCCUUGUGCUUACUUGAGAAAGCUUCCUGAAGAGCUAUGGCAUAUCAAGACUUUCUGCAAACUGGAAUUAUGGUGGCCACGGCCACAGCUGAAGCAAAGACUGAAGGACUUUGAGGAUGUGGAGCGAUACGGCAUUCAGAUAUACCCCUCUGGAAUUUGA